AUACCUCAACUAGACACAUCCACCUGAUACACAACCAUUUUGCUGAUAAUUUUAGCUAUUUUCUGUAUCUUCCAAUUAAAAAUAAUUAAACAUCUCUAUAUGAAUGUGCCUUUGAUUUUAAAUCAAGAACUAUUUAUUAAGCAUCAGACCCCAUGACACUCUAAAUGAACGAAAAUUUAUUUGCCCCCUUCAUUACUCCUACAGUCCUAG